UUUUUUUUUGGUGUGGUUUACUCAUCUCUUGUACUUCACAUUUCAUCACAUCUCUGAUCUUUCCAAUCUUCUCCUCAUAGAUCUUGAUGGCGGCUUUCCCAACCGAUGAGGGAGACUCCUUUUCUUCUUCCACUCACAGGGGGGACUAUGAUGUCUUCUUGAGUUUUAGGGGUGAAGAUACUCGCCAUGGUUUUACUGGCUAUUUAUAUCAGGCUUUGUGUGAUGAAGGUUUCAAGACCUUCAUUGAUAAUAAAGAUCUCCAAAAAGGUGAAGAAAUUUCAGCAGAACUUAUCAAAGCCAUUAAAUCAUCAAUGAUUUCAAUUAUCAUAUUCUCUCAAAACUAUGCAUUUUCCACUUGGUGCCUUGAAGAACUUACCAAAAUUGUUGAGUGUAAGAAAAAUGGACAAAAAGUUUUACCAGUUUAUUACAAAGUGGAUCCAUCUGAAGUACGCAAGCAGGAAGGUAGUUUUGGAUUAGCACUAACUACACAUGAAAAAAAAUUCGAGAAUAACAUAGAGAAAGUGUUGAGGUGGAGGAUAGCUUUAUAUGAAGCAGCUAGUUUGUCUGGAUGGCAUUAUGAGGAUGGUUUUCCUGAAUAUCAGUUUAUCCAAGGAAUUAUUAGAGUGGUAUCAAGUACCAAAUUAAAUCGCACAAAGUUAUUUGUUGCUAAAUACCCAGUUGGAGUAGAUUCUCGUGCAGAAGUCAUAGAAAAUCUUUUAGAUAUUAAGUCAAAUGAGGUUCGUGUGGUUGGAAUUCAUGGCCUUGGGGGAAUAGGAAAGACUACAAUUGCAAAAGCUGUGUAUAAUAGAGUUGCUGAUCAAUUUGAAGGAAGUAGCUUCCUAAUGAAUAUCAGAGAAAAUUCAAGAACAAAUUGUAGCAUAAUCAAACUACAAGAGCAACUUCUUUCUGAGAUCUUAGGGAGCAAAGAAUUUAAGGUGCACAGUACAUCCAGAGGAAUCAAUGUGAUCAAGGAAAGACUUUCAUGCAAAAAGAUUUUUUUGAUUCUUGAUGAUGUGGAUAAAUUGGGCCAAAUAGAAAAUUUUCUAUUUGGAAAAUGUGAUUGGCUUGCUAAUGGAAGUAGAGUUAUUAUAACCACAAGAGACAAACAUGUGCUAACUACUCUUGGAAAUGAUCCUUUAAUCUACAAGGUUGUGCAAUUGGAUCGACAUGAAGCUCUUCAACUCUUUAGUAUGCAUGCCUUCAAUAAAAACGAACCUGAAGCAAAUUAUUUACAGCUUACAAAUCAAUUCAUAUGUUAUGCCAAUGGCCUUCCAUUAGCUCUACAAAUCAUAGGCUCCGAUUUGCGUGGAAGAAGCAUUUGUGAAUGGGAAAGUGAAUUAGAAAAGUAUAAGAAUAUUCCAAACAAUGAAAUUCAAAAUAUACUAAAAGUAAGUUUUGAAGGAUUGGACAAAAAUGAACAAGAUAUUUUCCUUGAUAUUGCAUGUUUCUUCCAAGGAAUGUCCAAAAAUUACGUUGUGGAUAUCUUAGCUGCUUGCAAUUUAUAUCCGAAUUCUGGUAUUUCAAAACUUAUUGAUAAGUGUCUCAUAAGUGCUGGAUUUGACAAUUUAUGGAUGCAUGACUUGCUACAACAAAUGGGUAAAGAUAUUGUUCAACAAGAAUCAAAUGUGCCUGGAAAUCGUACAAGGCUAUGGUGUUAUGAUGAUGCUUUAGAAGUUCUUACAGAAAAUACGGGUUCAGAUAAAAUUCGAGGCAUAAUGUUGUCAUUCCAUAAACCAAUAACAGUGACAUUGGCACCUAAAGCUUUCAAAAGGAUGAGAAAUCUCAAAUUUCUUAUAGUUGAUAAUGUGCACAUUUGUGAAGAACUUAAAUAUCUCCCCAACGGAUUAAGGUUCCUUCAAUUGCCUAAUUAUCCUUUUCCCUUAUCAUCCAAUUUUUGUCCUCAAAAACUUGUUACACUCGAGAUGCCACAUAGUCGCAUUCAGUUAGAGAAGUUAUUUAAGCAGGAGUUUCAAUUCCAGAAUUUGAAAAGUAUCAACCUUCGUAGAUGUGAGUCUAUUACAAAAUUACCUAAUUUAUGCGCCCCAAACUUAGAGAACUUGGAUCUUUCAUUUUGCAAAAAUUUAGUUGAGUGUCAUGAGUCCAUUAGAUUUCUUGAUAAGCUUCAAGAAUUGCGUCUUUCUAGUUGUGAAAAACUUCAAAAUUUUCCAAGCCAUCUCACGUGGAAAUCUCUCAACACUUUGGAUAUUUCAUCCUGCUCAAGGCUUGAUUUUUUUUCUUUCUUAUUCGCCGAAUGGUGUCUCACUUGGCCUAUGGACAUCAUUAGGGUUCAUGGUUUAUAUAGCUAUUGCUGUAAAAAUGUUGUGGAUCUUGAAGAUAUCAUCAAACAAAUUGUUCAGUCAGUUUGGAGAAUUUUGGCGAUCACGAUAUGAAUAUGAACUUAUACUACCUGGAUCAGAGAUUCCAAAGUGGUUCAAUCAUCAAAGUGUUGGAAAUUCCAUUUCAUUCUGGGUUGGUCGUGAUUGUAAUUAUCUAAAAUUUUAUUACUGUGUUGUUUUAGAACCGAAAUGGCAUGAUACUGUUCACAUCUCCUUGAAAUUUAAUGGAAUAAAGUUCAUUAAUUUGAUCCCUUAUAGAUUCAAACGGAUUACGGAUAUGACGUGUAAUCAUGUAUGGUUUUUAAAGCUAUAUGAAAGUCCCAUCGAUUCAAAGGACUUAGAUCAAUUUGAGUGGAAUCUUGUGGAGGUUGAAUUUGGAGCUGCUGUAUCUCAUACCCUAAGGUGUGGGGUCCAUGCUGAAUGCAUCUGUCCACUUGUUCAAGAUCUCUCCACCGACACUCUCCCACCUACUCCAAUACCUGCCUUUCCCAUUUGUUCUAUUUCAAACACUGUCACGCCUUCCCCCCACCUCUUAAACUCUUGUUUGGAGCUUUCAAAUUCGAAUUCAAUGGAAACAACAUAUACUGAUUCUGACUCACCUUCGGAGGGCUCUCAUGAUGAUGGAUGUGAUUCGAGUUUGUCACUGUGCACUUCUCCCAUGGGAACAAAUUAGCCUCAGGUCACUGUCCCUAAUGACACUAGCCACAUCUCUUUGCCAAAAUUACGCUUGGGUCUGCCAGGUUUGGGAAUUGGCCCAUAACUAUGUUAGUGAUGAUGAUUCUGACUUCAAUUUGUAUUCUCCAUUGAAGAAAAGGAGAAAAUCUUGAUCGAACUUGGAUGAAGAAAUAUGCCUCCAUCUGAAAAAGAACUUUGAAACAAUUUUCUUCUUCAUAGUUCCCAUUUCAUUUCUUUAGCAUUUGAUGCUAAGGUACGUCUCUUUUUUAUUAGUUGGAUUGUUUCAUUUGCAUCUUUGGAUGCUCAUUCAUUGGAUUGGGUACCAACAUAAUUUGAAUAGAAACUAACCCAAAGAAAAUGCUGAAUAGAUGAAAGAAAUUAUGAAAAACCUAUUUCAAUUUUUAGACAAAUUAUGAAAACAAGCAGUUACGUGUUUGUCGCAUAAUUUCUCUCUCUGAUAAUGAAGCUACUCCUACUUCUUGAUUUAUUAAAAUUUUGAUUUUUAUUCCAUUUCUCCAUUGUUAGCAUAAUAUGCGAGUAUUAGGAUUUUUGUCUAUUAGUCUAUUACUAGCCGGCACCAAUUUUGAAAAUUCAAACUUCAGUAGUAAUGACCUUAUAUGCUAAUGCCAUCCUUAAUUUCAUAAAGCAGGAGGUUUUGAAAUGGAUUUGACUUUGCCAAUAGUCGUAGUUUCAAGGUCCUUUGAACACACCAUUACAUUUUAAAUGCUUUCAUUUUAAAAUUGAUGCUGAUAGUAUAUAUUGUCUCAAAUUUUAUAAUCUUGUCAAAAUGUUGGGAAUUAUAUGUGGAUUUCUGAUAUUAGCUUGUUUGUUAUUGAUGAUUUCCUCCUCCACUAUGGUUGGUAUUGAUGUUACCUUCCAGGUUGAUCCAUUAGUGGAUGUAGCAUUUCUGGAAUGAAUUAGGGAGGUCUUUAAUCUGGUGGUAAUAAAAAUUUUAUAUUGUUAAGACUUUUUCGUUAUAACGUUUUGGGUGACGCUCUUUGGUUUUUUCUCCUCACUUGGGCAUGCUAUUUUAUAGCUUUAACUAUGAGUGAAAUGUGUCUUUGUUAUUGAUUGUUGGACUCUGAAGUGGUGAUUGAAAAACUGAAUGUGUAGAACCGAGCUAAGUUGCUGUGUGAAAUCCUACUAACAAGGUUUUGUUCUUUCACAUCAAGUUGUUCUUCAACCUAUGUAAUAGUGGAAUAUUUUUUUGCUUCCGAGGAUGAAACAACAUAAUUUUUGGGGGAUUGGUAGGGUUCUUUGGGUUGGUGUCGGAUAAUUUAUUGAAAUUUGAUCUCAAUUUUAGCAAUAAUUCACUACUUUUGGUCUGGUUCUUUGGAAUCAAGUGUGAAUUAACCAAAAAAUGAAAUUUGUGAUAAAUAGGAUUUUAAAUCAUGGGAGUUUAAAUUCCUUCAUUUGUUAAUUUCCAUGUAAAUAGUAAAGUUUCAUCCAAAAGCAAGAUAUCUAUUUCUAUUCCAUGUAAAUUAACCAAAUAUGCUUUUGAUUUUGUGUCAAAAGAAAUUCUUGAACCUGAUUUGAGGGGUAAAGACCCAACUACAAAAGAUAAAAGCCCAAGUCAAGAGCCAUUAAGCACCCUGGAGAAGAGUAUGUGCCACAAUGCACUGAACAUCUAGUUAGGAGCCAUUAUCUAUUUCUUCCAUAAAUAAUACUACAGGUACUUUGGUUUUGUUGCUUUGUUUGUAAGCUACGGACUUUUUGAAUUUUAGGGGAGAGGGGCAUAAAAUUAGAUAGGUGGCAUGAGCUGCUUCUCUUUGUAGUUUUCUAUUUUCCUAUCUCUGCAUAGUACAUAUUUUGAGUGAAAAGUACGAGGAAUAGCAACUGGUUAUGUGAGAUUCAUUUGUGACAUAUUCAUCAUUUGAGUGUUUAUAUAAGUUUUUUCUUCAACCCAAUGUUUAAUUGGUAUCUAUAUUAUUGGGGUGAAUUGCAGGGGACAAAAUACUUUCCUUAAAAAAUGAACCCGGGAUACUAAGUCAUAAUGGUGUUUUUUUUUUAUGUUUCAGUGUGGUGAAAACAUGAGAUUCAAAAUCAAUCCUUACAGUGGCUCAGUGCCUAGAGUUUCAUACUUUUUUUCCCCUCAUUUUCUAUAUUGUGUUGGCAUGAUAAGGAGUGUGUGGCAGUUCGACCAGAGCAAAGUACAAGUCAAUUUGUUUCAAGCAACAGUGCCAACACAGAAAAUUUAAGCAGCACAAGUAGGCCAAGGUUGAUUGAAAAUGAGGAUGGCUUCCUGGAGCUGAGCUGCUUGCAAGGGUGAGUCUGGACAUUACAUGAAAAUUAUUAUCUAUUUUUUGUCAUCAAUAAUAUGUUUAUGCCAAAAUUGUCAUGAUACAUCUGCGCAAUACCAAGAUUGACUGCCACCAAUGCUUUUGAUGGUGAAGUUAUGAAAGUAUUGAAUCGAUCAAUCUGAUACCAUUUUUUCAGGUCUGAUGAUGGAUCCAUUUUUCUUCUCUGACUCCACUUUUAGAUGGACCUCUAUGUGUAAAAACUGGGUUAUAGUGACCCAUUUAAAUCUUAUGGAAUGGCAAGAAAAACCUGCCUAGAGAACAUCACUCAUCACUGCCACAAGUGAGCCUCACUCAUUGCCAGUGGAUUCACAUACCUGUCCUCAUGCAAAUGCAUACUUGCUCACUUCAUAUUAGCUAUUCCUUGCUUUCCUCUAUCCUCCGUUUUCUGUCAUUUCACUCCAUUGAUCCAUAAAACAACUGAGUAGCAUGUGAGGUAACAAUUAUAUGGUAACUGCAAUUCAUGAGCAUACCUUUGAUAACUUUAGGUGAACGUACUUUGACCAUGAGGUAUAUUGGUUAAGGUCUAAUAUUCUGCAAUGGAGAGAACAAAUUAAAUGGACAUGCUUUUAGUAUCCUUUUUGCUUGCCUGCUGGGAUAUUUCUUCUACUUGUUUUGAUUUUUUAAAUUUGAGAGCCUGUUCUCUAAGUGUUUGGUUGCUACUACCAUAUUAUACGUAGAAACUGUUUUUUGUUCAUUCACUACCUUUAACUCAUUGAAGAUAUUGCAUUGCAGACAUGUCACAUUACAAAACUGGCAAGAUUGGUCUGAGAUGGAGGGCAGAGAAGGAAGUCAUAUCUGGGAAAGGUCAACUUUAGUUAUUCUGAAGCUGGAGAAAACAAACAAGCACUUGUGAAAUUGGUAACUUGUGAGAGAUGUGCGGAUAAGCUUCAUUACAAAAGGCAGAAAGAGAAGGAGCAAUCAGAAAAAAGAGAACGAUAAGAAAACAAAAGAAAGAGUCUAUUUCCAGGAAUUGGUCAAGGAGUAUUGAUGAAACAGAUAAUGACUGCGAAGGGAGCAAGGAGAGAAGAAAAG